CGUACACGGUGACAGUUCUGAAAAGACGGUGGGAUGGACAGUUCGCCUCGCCUGAGUCCGUGUGUGUUGCUUGCGGUGUGAGUUUCGGACCGGUCGUUUCGGGCCCGGUGUGUACGCGCUACAUCAGUGCAUCGAAUACAUUGCAAACCUUUUUUGCGCGAUCAGAAACACGCACUUGCAACAACGAACGUGAAACAAAGUUCCAUCCCGAGUGCGAAUACACCGCAAAAGUGCGACAGAGGAACAGCAGACGGGCAAGGGUUUUGCGGUGCGUAAGGUCACCACACUUGGUGGCGGCUGCCGUUCCAACCUCUGGGAGAUAAAAAAAACACACAGGCACGCACACAGAGACACAGAGCGUGAAAGGCAGCUGACUGCAUAAACACAGCGGCACAGUGUUGUGUGCGGGGGCUGUCUGGUUGUGAAACAACACAUCCAGGCAGGCUGGAAUUGGUCGCUGGUUACAGUGCGCGUCGUCCCAUAGUGUGUGCGGUUGUAAAAUUGUUGCAUCCCAAUCAGCGCAAAAGUGCAAAAGCAGCAGCAAACCCUCGUUAGUUGCAGGCGGCGAAGGAGUUGGUCCAAUCAUUCCACACCCACAAACACAUACAAAGCACUACUACAGUGUGUGCUUGUCCUAAAAUAGGGCGAAAUAUUGCGCGUACGGCACGACGGACGCACGGCUGCUGCCGGAAGCAGCGGCACAUCGCACUUUCGUGUUGGGGGUGCAUUCGCCUCUCCUGCUCUAGCCGUAGGAGCCACUCGUAGCAGGCGAGUGCGAGAGAAGCAAUCUCACACAUUCUACCCGUCGCCGCUGUUGUGUGCUGGUGUGUGAGAAAAAUAAUAAAUGAAGAAGCAAUAAAACACACACACGAGGCCGGAGGACGGAAUCUUUCCCCGUUGCGAGAUGUGCAUUCCUGUCGAUGCACCCACGACCACCACCACCAUCAUCGCCAGUGUCCAUUGACCGCGACAGCAAGUUGCUGGGCAAGUGCGCCGAGUGCAUCCGCUAGUGCAGCUUUGUGGCCUUGAAAUUUGCUCCUAGUGUGUGGUGGCAAACCGACCAAGGAAUAAGGGUCGUCCGACACGCCACGGUGGGGAAAGAAGAAAAAUUUAUGUAAAAAUAGAUCUCAUUCCUCUUCAGAAAAUCGAAUCUUCACCACACUACACAUCACACAGGAGAGUGUGUACGACGGAGUAGGCCAUUUCACCGCACCAGCUGCUGGUGUACACGGAGCAAACACACAUAUCAGCAGUACCCGCUGCAGCGAUACAUACACAAACACAAACACACAGAGAGAGAUACGGAGGCUGGAGGAAUGCAGCAGAACCCCCCGAUGAUGCUCCGGUGCGUCCUCGCCUAAGCCGCCAGACAAUGUUGUGUCAACCGCAACGGGCUAAAUUUAACGCGGGUCAACAUCGUGAUCCAGAAUUCCCCUGUGGUGCCGCGUCGUGUCUCGGUUGCUGUGCGUGAGCGCUUGUGAUCGUGAAAGGAAUGGUGCAAUAGUGUGUAAAUAGUGUGCAGAAAAGAAUAGCAGUGACAAAAAAAGCCACCCCCAGGGCGCACCUACCUGUCAGGGAGCAAAACGGAACAGAUAGUGUGUGUGUGUGUGCAUUUUUAGUUUGUUUUGUUUUGGUACAAUUUGAUUUCAAUUUCGUGAUUGCAACCCGGACGUGUCACAACGGUAACCAAUAAGCCGUGUGAGUGUGUGUGAUCUAGUUUUCCGGUUGUUUAUUUUUUCCUUUUUUUUUUUGUGUCUAAGUUUUCCCAAAACUCAAUCUCGUAAAGCACCACGCGCACAUCGUGAGAGACGGAGAGAGAGAGAGAGAGUGGUUUCCUUUAAUUAAAAGGCUUUCUUUUCCGUUUCGGGCUGUUGUGUGUGGGCUCGGCCAGACGCACUUUUCACUAGCCCCCACGUACUUUAAUCGGAAGGAAAACCAAACAGCCCCAGCACAACACAAUCAGACAUAAAAGCUCGCCGAUCUGAACUGAGAGGGGGUGCAUCCAUCAUCUCGUAGCAGUCUCUGUGCCCCGUGUGCCCCCUUUUCGUAUAUGUUGGCGAUGUCUUCCAAACAUGAGCUGAAGAAACUCUCGGAGGAAAGCUUAACGCGGCAGCCGGACGAGGUGUUCGACAUACUCUGCAAGCUCGGCGAGGGUAGCUAUGGCUCGGUGUACAAGGCGCUGCACAAGGAGAGCGAGCAGGUGCUCGCCAUCAAGCAGGUACCGGUCGACACGGACCUGCAGGAGAUCAUCAAGGAGAUCUCGAUCAUGCAGCAGUGCGACUCGCCGUACGUGGUCAAGUACUACGGCAGCUACUUCAAGAACACCGACCUGUGGAUCGUGAUGGAGUACUGCGGGGCCGGCAGUGUGUCCGACAUUAUGCGGCUGCGCAAGAAAACACUGUCCGAGGACGAGAUAGCGACGAUACUGAUCGACACACUGAAGGGGCUCGAGUAUUUGCAUCUGCGCCGGAAGAUCCACCGCGACAUUAAGGCGGGCAACAUACUGCUCAACUCGGAGGGCCACGCGAAGCUGGCCGACUUUGGCGUUGCCGGCCAGCUGACGGACACGAUGGCGAAGCGGAACACGGUCAUAGGCACACCGUUCUGGAUGGCGCCCGAGGUGAUCGAGGAGAUUGGGUACGACUGCGUGGCGGACAUUUGGUCGCUCGGCAUAACGGCGCUCGAGAUGGCGGAGGGCAAGCCCCCGUACGGGGACAUCCAUCCGAUGCGGGCCAUCUUCAUGAUACCGACGAAGCCGCCGCCCUCGUUCCGUGAUCCGGACAUCUGGUCGCCCGAGUUCAUUGACUUUGUGAGCCUGUGUCUGGUGAAGAAUCCGGAGGAGCGGGCCACUGCCACCGAUCUGCUGGCGCACGAGUUUAUACGCAACGCGAAACCGUGCAGCAUACUGAGCCAGAUGAUAGCGGAAGCGAAGGAAAUACGGGAAAACCAAAGCUACAGGCACGCGGCGGCCAUUAGCCAAGCUAACAAGCAGCUGCAGAACAACAGCAACAACAACAACAAUGCCAACGGGCACGACGGGGGCGACUCGGACGACGAGGAUCAGGUGAACUCGAGGACGAUGAAGGAGUUCCCGGCCGACUGUGGGACGCUGGUGCCGGGCCGGGGCGACGAGGGCGACGGGACGAUGAUAGCGCACACCGACUACGGUACGCUCGUGCCGGACAAUGGGACGAUGGUGGAGCUGCAGUCGAACCUGGGCACGAUGGUGAUCAAUUCCGAUUCGGAGGAAUCGACCAUGAAAAGACAUGAUACAAACCCGGACAAGCCGAAGUAUAGGCCCCUGUUUCUGGACCACUUCGACAAGAAGGAGGCGGAGGCGGCCAGCUUUGGCAACAGUAAGGUCGCGGCCGCCGUCAACAACCACCACCAUCAUCACCAGCUGCAGUCGCCACCGUCCGCGAUGAGCUCGUUCGACGAUGGGGCAUCGGUCGACCUGCAGCCGGACCAUUCGCCGGGCUACGGCAGUCCACAGGCGGCGACGACCCCGGUCGUUGCUUCCGCCCCGCAGCAGCAGCAGCAGCAGCCACACCUGCCCCAAUCGCCUUUAGCAUCCUCGCCGCAGCAACCGCAGCCGCAGGUGCAGAAGCUCGUAAGCAAUCUGGUGCAGCAGUCGGCCGCAGCACCGGCCUUCCCAUCGCCGGCCACCCACAGUCCCGUGUCGCCGUCGGCACCGCCGAUGACGCAAAAUUUCCAAGACCACCAGCAGCACCAGCAGCACCAAGCAUUGCAGCAGCAGCAGCAGCAGCAACAGUUCAACGAAGAGCGGCAACGGUAUCAGUCGCAUCUGCAGCUGCAGCUGAAUCAAAUCUCCGCCGUCAGUCCCAAUAUGCAUCAGAUGCAGUUUUUGCAACCGACGGCGGCCGAGUAUGAUUCGCUUAAGUUUAUGAACUACGAACAGCUCGAGCAACGGUUGGCCAGCCUGGACAAGGAGAUGGAGAAGGAGCUGGCGGAAACGAAGAAGCGGUACACCUCCAAACGCCAACCGAUACUGGACGCGAUCGAGGCCAAACAGCAGAAGCGGCAGCAAAAGCUGGAAGAGUUCUGAGUAGUGUGUCGGCGGUGGUCGGGAACGCUUUCCCCCUCCCAGCUUCUUGUUCCCGUUUGCCUUUGGCGGAUGGUGUGUGUGCUUGAUGUGGGGUGAUUAGCGGAUAGUCAUAUUUAAAUAGGAAUAGGUUUUCCGUUUCUGUGGCCCCCGCGCCAAUUAGUUGCAAAUUCCUAUUACUUUUUAACAAACAAACACACAUCCACACCCUGCUCAGUCGCGCUCAAGGGACCCUCAAGCGUUCAACCGCUCGCUUGAGCGUCUCUGGCAGGCUGUUGAGGAGAUAGUGGAAGAGAUAGUUUCCUCUCUUUUUAAGUAUUUUAGUUGCCCCGUCGGCCAUCCCAAUACUCUCGUCGGAUGUGUGGCUGGUAGGGCUGAUCUGAUAUUUGAUUUUAAUUAACACUCACACAAAACACACGCCCUAGAACCACCCGGGUGUAAGUCAUUGUUGGUACGCAGUUUUUUGUUUAAUUUUUGGUAGUAACGCAUUGAUCUGAACUAUCGAUGAGAUUAAUCUGUUUUUAGCUUUGCGCUCAGCUGCUGCUGGCACAUGUGGCGCAAAUGUGUAUGUAUUUGUUCGAUCCUUCCGCUUUACCACGCGCGCUCCGUCCUCUAACUAAGCUAAGUGCAAUGUGUUGCACGGUUUUUUUUUCUUUUUGUCGCUGUUAUACAUUGAGAUACACCCCCACUCGCUGGUUAAACUGUAGAGCGAACACACAGCUUGCGGACGCGGCUACAUUGCCUUUUUCCCCUCGUUAACGAUUAGUUGGCAUUAUCCUUUUCCCUUGGAAGUCUCCAUGCCAAUCCGCAAAAGCAUAAAACAAUUUAUUGACCACUCGUUGAUCGUUAUUACAACCAUUACAGCCCACAGCUGCGGGCUGUGCACGAAAGGGAGUUGGAGAGGGUGAUGAAAGAGAACGGUCUCUAGUCAGCAGUAAAACCAAUUCUAACGAACGUGAAUAAAUACCUUGAAAAAGAGAAACCUCAAACUAACCGGAAAAGAUUGAAAGUAGAAUACAAUAAUCCUGUAGCGGCGGAAAAGAAAGGCAAAGAAAUUAUACAUAUACACACAAAUACUACAUAUAGCCAGCAAGAGCGUGAUUUACGAUUAUAUACACCAUAUAAGGAAGCAAACAACUCAACACACAGAAACACACACAAUGAAAUUGAAGGACUCGAAAUCGAUUGGGAUUGGGAAGAUGAUCAGAACACAUAUUUUAUACGCUAAUUAAGCCAUAUUGAGCGCCCGCCGCUCUAAAACGUGAUGAGACACAGCAGGGGGACAGACCCACAAGUGGGUCCAUUGGUGAUCGCAGACGAACAACAGCAAUGACGAACAAAAGUGCUACAUUUUAUUCUUGAAACAUAUACAAGUUUAUUGAGAAAAAUAGUAGUGUAAUAGCGUGUAACAGGAAAACGGGAGGGCAAAAGAUCGUUACGGAAAAGUUCGCCCGGAAAAAAAUACAGGAGAAACAGGCGAUUGAAGGGCAGAGAGAGUAGGGUGAAAAGAAGAACAGAAGAGCAAAAUAAUAGCGGUGAACAGGUGAGGCGUAUUAUUAAAAAACACACAAACACACAAAACAACGGAACAAACAUACAUGCUCGAGAUAAAUAAAGUUGAACUUUAAGGUU